GCUAAUAUGACAUUCACUCUAAGACGGGCGGCCAACCGGCCCGGACGAACGCGCUGUCGCAGCGCUGGAUUUGUCGAUUGGAAAGUGAGAAUACUCGGGGCCCCCCUUAGAGAGGGCCCCCGACCUGAAGAGGCCGCCGUAAGGCGGUCAAACCCUCUCAGGCAUGGAGCAGUUCGAGCAACUGCUAACGUGCGCGAUAUGUCUGGACCGCUACAGAAACCCAAAGCUUUUACCAUGCCAGCACAGCUUUUGCAUGGAACCGUGCAUGGAUGGUCUGGUCGAUUAUGUUCGUCGACAGGUCAAAUGUCCGGAAUGUCGUGCCGAACAUCGUAUACCUUAUCAGGGUGUUCAAGCUUUUCCCACCAACGUGACGCUACAACGAUUUUUGGAGUUACACAUAGAGAUCACCGGGGAAUUACCAGAUCCAACCAGUGGUCAGACUAUGGAACGAUGUGGUGUCUGCUCCGAAAAGAGCUAUUGUUCCCUCUGCGUCCAUUGUGAGAAGAAAUGUUGUCCUGAAUGCAAGGACGCACAUAUGGAUAUUCUCAGACGAGAAAUUACGCGUAUCAACUCUCAGGUUCGAAGAGGUCUCCACAGGUUACAAGAUGCCCUGGCAUUGGUCGAAAAAAAUACAUUGGGUCUCCAAACUAAUUGUGCUGCGGUUGCCGAAGAAGUCGACGAGAUUUAUAGACGUUUGAGCAAAGCUUUAAAAGACCGAACGGAAUAUCUACGCAACGAAGUCGAUCGGUACUUAGGUACCGAGCUACGUGGUCUGAUACAACUCAAAGAGAAUCUCGAAUUGGAAAUCGCUAACAUCCAAAGUAACUGUGAUUUGGCAGAAGCACACAUCAAUGAGAAUGUUCCUUGGGACGAUUCAGAACUUCUCGAUACGAAAGAACUCUUUCUACGUACCGUUGAAUUCAUCAGAAAUUUCGAAUACGAAGCCGGAGAUUAUAGUAGAAGAGUACGUUUCAUGAUGGCCCAUGAUCCGAACCAAUUGGUUCUUCACGUGGCCGGUUACGGAGAGCUUAACAUCAAACCGGAAAGCGGAAGUGGAGGAUUGUUAGGUAGUUCGAGCAGUUUAGCACCGCCAGGAGGUUCUCCUGGACUUAUGAGAAGUAAGAGCGAUCAUCGUCUAGCUUCGCAGUAUCGACAGCAAGAAGAGGAACGACUAGCCAGAAAUCGAUAUGUUCCUGAAUACGAAUACGAUGCACCCGAGUAUGAUACACCGAGGAAUAAAUCACGUUAUAGAAGUCGUUUUAUGAGGCAUCGGGACGGUGAUGAUUCCGAUGGGGAUUCAAGAUCGACGGUUAGAUUCACGUCGACCCCACAGGAAUCAGGAUUACGAGAGAGAGUAUUAGACACGGAGGAUGCUGCACGAGGACCAUUGUCCGGUAUUUUCCGUUUGACCGAUUCACCUCGGGUUAUGAAAAAGCUUCAAGAAUGUGAAAGAGCUGGCAAGAGAAAGAAAGAGGAAUCAGCUCAACCUGCUCAACCUCAAACACCCAAACCUCAGGUACAAGUUAGAAUAGCACCGACGGCAAUGGCGAGACAAGUCAGCGAGGACGACGAAAUUUCCAGGAUCAAGAAGCAGAACAAGAACUUACCACAGGGAACGACGGAAACGACGACGGUGGAGGAACGACAACCCCAACCACCAACACCGGCCCAUCCACAAACGAGAGAACCUCCAACGGAGCGUGAACCGGAGGAAGCUGCGGUCAGAAGACCACCCACGAUUGCGAGGAGAACGUCAAGCGACAGCCACGCACCUGCAACAAGAAGUGCAUCUUCGGACUCUAGCACGGGUUCGGAAAGUUCAACGGGUUCAGGAAUUCGUAGCACGGGUGCCCCAUUCACCGCUGAGGAAAUGAAACAAAAAUAUCUGUCGAGAGCACCGCCAACAAAUACGACCACUAGUACGGUCACUGCCAGCUCCGGCAGAGAUACCACAGCAAGCAGUGUUCCUGCUACGAGGCCCUUCCAAAGCCGAUUCUUAGGCACAGGUAAUCGUACAGCACCUCCACCACCACCAACAACGACGCAAUCMAGCAGAGAUGAAACAACAACGAAAAAGAAAGAUGACGAGGAAGAAGAUGAAGAGGAAGAAACGAGCAGUUCUUCCGAGGAAACAGAAUCCGAAACGGAAGAGGAAUCGGAAACGGAUACUCGCACGACACCAACUACGGCAAGCAUCCCAUCAUCGACACCGCAAGAUCGUCAAAGGAAUGAUGCUGCUAUGGCACGUACGGACAUUGGUGCUUUGCUUGCACGCAGCGCUGAAGCCCGGCGUGGAAGCAAAGAGGACUCACCCUCGACCAGGUAUUCGACACCGAGGGGAAGUCCCGGGCAUAUCGUGACGAGUCCUACGAGCCCACUGACGAUGACGACUUCGACGAGCGGCACGACGAUGACAGGAAGUGGUGUGGGUGGUGGUGGUGUACCGAUAGGGUCUACUGGUGGCUACUCCUCCAGCAGUAUCACUGACCGUCGUCUCGAGGAUAGCAAUCACGAGGCCGGCGAGCACCAACGUGAGGACGUUGUCAAGGAUUGUCGUAAGGUGAACGGCUCGAGGACCGUUACGGAAAAACUCCAAGACGAGAACACGAGAGAUUAUAAGACUGAUAAGGACCAAGAUGAUGAAGACGACCAAGAGGAAGAAGAAGAAGAAGAAGAAGAAGAAGAAGAAGAAGCAUCCAUAACUGGGGAUGAUGAAUCAACUUCGGACUCGGUCGAGGACGAGGAUGAAAGGACGGUGAUCAGCAUUCAUAAAGGAUCGGAUAGUGAUAGAAAUGCGCGUAGUUCUUCCCUGGUGUCCGAUAAAAGUAUUGAGGAGGAACUUUUUGAUGAUAAUGGUUGGCUCGUUACAGAUCAAGAUGUCCAAUUGGACGGAUCGAUAAAAUCCUCCAAAAAUCAAGAAAUCAAUUCUACGAUUGGACAGGAAGAGGACGAAAGUAUUGCUAAGCCUGCAACUACGAUAGAAGAAAAAGAAAAUUUGAACGAAUCCAAGAGUCCUGACAAUUCGUCGAGAAGCAGAGUUUAUAGGCAGAGUAGUAUUGGUCAAAAUGGUUGGCUGAUUUCGGACGAGUCCGAAAGCGAAUCCGAAAGAACUAAUUCUCCGGCAGGCUCUCGACAAAAUAAUAUCGAAAGCCAAGAAGAACAAUUGGAGUUGAAAAAGGACGAUUGGAGCAUCGAGGAGAACGGUUGGAUGAUUGUCAACGACGAGGACAACGACGAAUCAACAACUAUCCAGAACUUGUCGAGAACGGAAGAAGAACCAUCUCCAUCUCCCUUGGAUAAAACGGAAUUAAAUAGAGGAAGAUCGAGCACGAAUAGUUCCCAAACGACCACCGACCUCGUAACGAGAGCUAACGUCGAGAACGGCGCGUUAAUCGCGAACGCUAACCGAUCUAAACAAACCGAAAGAUCCGACGAGCACGAAGAUGCGACCGACGUUGAUAUCAGUAUACCGAUGCAGAUGAAAACGCUUAAUACGGCACUGGACUACGUUGAGAGAAAUUCGACUCGUGGAAGAAUUAUCAGCCGAUCUCAUGUCAGGUUCUUGAACAAGAGCAGAAGUCAGGCGGCAAUGGCAGCGAGGGAACGAGAGAGGGAGAGAGAGAGGGAACAGGAGAGAGAACGCGAGAGAGAACGCGAGAGAGAGCGGGAAAGAGAACGAGAGCGAGAAAGAGAACGAGAAAGAGAGCGAGAACGGGAGAAGGAGAGAGAAAGGGAACGGGAACGGGAGAGAGAACGGGAACGGGAACGGGAACGAGAGAAAGAACGGGAGAGAGAGAACGUUGCCUCGGCGAUAGGAGAAACAGAGACAACAACAACGACAACCGAACCAUCAACCCUUCUACCCAGGUCCCGUUACGCGGCACUGAAGGAGAGACGACAACGAUUGGCACGUUCGAGAAGUUCCCACAAUUUCGGGGGCGACGAGGUAGAUCUAGACGAGGAACCACCGUCCCCAACCACCCAAUCACCGAACGCCUAUCUCGCGGCAAAAUACGGCGCCGGUUCUGAACUAGCACGUAGCCGUAGUACUCACGCUUUGAAGUCGAGGGAACCGAGCCCAGAACGGGACCGAUCAGGUACCGAAAAGGAUGGCGCAGCUCUCAGCUCUUGGGCAAGAUAUCUUAAAAAUAAAUACGGUAAUCGUAGUGCCAAAGACAAGGAGCCACCUUCCACGACAACCUCGAUUCCCUCAUCCAGCGCCAGCGCAACCUCUAGGAGGUUAUCGCUGGGUCUACCUCUUAGGCACACCGGUCAAACGUCCUUCGAAUCUUCUGACGACGAUCAAAAAAACCCGUCAGGCUCCCCCACGUCCCCUACAGCAGCUCCCGUUAUACCCGCGGCAGCAGGUUCCUCCACUAGGAGUAAUUACCUGCUGAAGCGGCGUCAGCUGUUUAAGUUUGGGAUGCGGGGGAGCGAAGCCGGAUGCUUUACUUGGCCAAGAGGCCUUGCGAUUGGCCCGGACAACACCAUCGUCGUCGCUGACAGCUCCAAUCAUCGUGUUCAAGUAUUUAACAGUAACGGUAACUUCCUGAAGGAAUUUGGAACAUAUGGAAGCGGGGAAGGUGAAUUCGACUGCCUCGCAGGUGUGGCCGUUAACAGAAUCGGCCAAUAUAUCAUCGCUGACCGUUAUAAUCAUAGGAUUCAGGUGCUUGAUCCUUCUGGACGUUUUCUAAGGGCUUUUGGUUCUCAAGGUACCGCAGACGGACGAUUCAAUUAUCCCUGGGGUAUUACCACGGAUGCUCUUGGAUUUAUUUAUGUCUGCGAUAAAGAGAAUCACCGGGUACAGGUAUUUCAAUCGGACGGAACAUUCGUGGGAAAAUUUGGAUCAUGCGGUAGUGGACGUGGUCAACUAGAACAUCCACAUUACAUAGCGGUUAGCAACACCAAUCGUGUGAUCGUAAGCGAUGGGAACAAUCAUAGGAUUCAAAUAUUCGACGUUAAUGGUCGUGUAUUGAGUUCAUUUGGAUCCGAAGGUUCGGACGAGGGUCAGUUUAAGUUUCCAAGAGGAGUGGCGGUCGAUGAACAAGGUUACAUCGUUGUUGCUGAUUCCGGAAACAAUCGAAUACAAAUCUUCAGUCCGGAAGGUAACUUUUUGAAAUCUUUUGGUGGCUGGGGAAGCGGAGAUGGAGAAUUCAAAGGUCUCGAAGGUGUUGCUGUUACAUCCAAUGGUAAUAUCGUCAUUUGCGAUCGUGAAAAUCAUCGUGUACAAGUAUUCUGAUGUUUAAAUGAUAAAAAUCUUCAUUCGUUGUUCAAUUGACACACGUGUGUCCAUUUGUAAAGAAAGAAAGUCUCGCGUGUAACUGUGUUUGAUUCGUUAAAUUAACCCUCCAACACCUACGGAGCAUUUCUCAACGUGUUAGAGAGAGAACUAUACACGAAUGUAUGUUGUUGUAUUGUGUAUGUACGAGGAAUCAUUAUUUAUCAAAGCGUAGAAUCAAUCUCUCAAUUAUUACGAUAAACGAGAACGUUAGAAGCUUCCUUGUAAUCUUCCACAAUUAAUUUUAAGUAUAACCAACCGAGUCUUUUUGUUUUCUUUAUUCAAGAAAUAAUUUAUAACAAUUCAUAAAAUAAUAAUAGACUUUCAGUCAUAUUAUAAUCGAUUGCUCAUUAAUAUUUUCUUUUUAUUUAACUGUUAAUCACUUUUUGAUUUCAUUUUCAUUCGUUCUUCCUACUUUCAUCAUAUCCUAUUCACUAUUCACUUUUAUUCAUUUUCGUCUCUUCUAACUUUAAGAACAAACUCACAUUUUAUGUUGAAAAAGAAUUCUUGAAUUUGUAUUACGAAACGAAGAGUUUGUAUCGUUUGUAUAUGCUUGAAAGAAAAUAAAUCGUUGCGGAAGGAAA